GAUGUGACCGCGGAGGCGCAGGGGCUGCGGGGCUCGGACCGGAAGUUCGCGGAGCUGGAGCUGGAGCUGGAGUGGUCGGCUCGGCGCGGCACGGGAGAGGGGCCACCGCGGGCAGAGCUCGAGCCCUAGUUCCGCUGCGAUGCUCGAUCGCCUGUUCCUUCCCUCUGGCAACAGUGGGAAAUCUGUGUGUCCGGGUGCAGGCGCCCCAGCCCUGUCCCAGCUCUGUAGAUCUGGUGUGAGGACCAGCCCUCCAGCCCCCGUUGUAGAAAGCUACGGGUUGUUUGUGAGGUGCAGCCAGCGUCAGGGUCUGGAAAAGCCCUUUGGCGAGGUGUGUCACCCGAGCCGGGCCCUUCAGGCAGGGGACAACCGCAGGGAUUUCGUGAGAAGCGAAGCCACAAGCAGUAGAUUUUCAGAAUGGCAUUGGCACCUCAAGCACCAGGACGGGGCUCUGUUCGGAAGACAAGACCUGUGGCCGUGAAGACAUCACUGAAUAACCCGUAUACCAUCUGCUGGAGUGCCCUGGAUCGGGAAGACAUGCACUUCAUAUUACAGACUCUCGAAGACAGGUUUAAGUCUCUUGGGCUGCAGAAGAUUGAGGACAAGAGGAAAAAGAAGAAACAGCCUUUUCUAAAAAAGCAAAGCGGAGAUGUAGGUAGUCUAGCUGAUGAUGCUGGUAAGGACCCAAAGGAGAGGAAGUUGGAGGGAGAUCUGCCAGCAUCAGGGUGGACUCCAGCCCCCAUUAGGAAACAGCUGGCCAUUGGCGUCAAUGAAGUCACCAGGGCUCUGGAGAAGGACGAGUUGCUCCUUGUGCUGGUGUGCAAGUCGGCCAAACCUGAGAUCAUCACUUCCCACCUUAUCCAGCUGAGUCUGAGCAGAUCAGUCCCUGCAGGUCAGGUGCCCCGGCUCAGUGAGAGGCUUGCACCUGCCAUUGGCUUGAAAUGUGUGCUGGCCCUAGGCUUCAGGAAGAACACCACCGACUUUGCAGAUGAGGUCAAAGCUAUCAUCCCCAGAGUGCCCUGUUUAAAUGUUCCCUGGUUCCAAGACCUACUGGAAGACUCCAGGGAAAUCACAGAAACUACAUCUUUGGAAAGCCAACACAAAGAGAUUUUGGAAACUUCCUGUGAAGAUCUUGCUAAGCAUAAGAGAAAGCUGACUGAAGGUCAGCAGACUGUGGUGUUACAACCUCUGAAAAUAAAGAAACUCAUUCCAAACCCCAAUAAGAUAAGGAAACCACCCAAAAGUAAAAAAAUGGCUGUAAAGUAACCUUGAAUAAACUUGUCAUCUCAUAUGGCUGUAAAUGAUACAUAAAAGGAAUAAAGUGAGUUAUUUUUACUAGU